AAUACAAUGGACUGUUUUGGCGUUGAAUUUUUUUUGCGGUUCGUAACCGCAUCAGAAUACUUCAGAGUUGCUGAAUCAUUCUCUCGCAAUCUCGAUGUUUUCGCGCGAUUCUCAUUUGAAAAAUCGAUUGUGCUUUCGACCAUGCGCAUGCAGCGACAUCCACGAUGCAAGAAAAGAGCAUCGGAAAAUAUAAUUAAGGACAAACAGAGAUUUAUAAAGAAGAGAAUUGGUCGCUUGACGACAAGAGAAGUGAAGGAACAUAACGACAGCAGCGCCUUCCUGUUUGAUCUUGCACGUUUUAACAAAGGGACAUAAGUGUUUAG